AUGGGUUUUGCCUCUUUUGUGCACAUGAGACUAUUCUCCGUAAUUUCUGCUUCCUGGCUUAAGUGGCUGGCCUGGAUAUCUGUCUAUGACUUGCGUAUGUCUGAUCCAAUUCGAAUCAAGGAUCAUAUGUAUGGAAGACCAAUAUUGGACAUCAAGUGGCAUCAGACGCUUAAUUCUGUAGAUCCUAAAUUGAUCAGCGCUGAUAGCCAUGUUGUGCGAGUUUGGGAUCCUAAUACGGGGGAUAAUUUGAUUAAUAUAGAACCAAGUGAUGGUACCAUCAAUGAUGUUUGUGUUUUCCAUGAAAGUGGCUUGAUGUUAAUGGCUUUGGAUGGUAGCCAAAUACCUGCCUACUUCAUUCCAAAUUUAGGACCUGCACCAAAGUGGUGCUCAUAUUUGGAAAACCUUACUGAGGAGAUGGAGGAGGGAUCACAAGGUACCAUAUACGAUGAUUAUAAAUUUUUAACAAAGGAAGAUCUUGACAGGUUGCAUUUGACAAAUUUAAUCGGCACAAAUUUGUUAAGAGCUUAUAUGCAUGGGUUCUUUAUUGACUAUCGUUUAUUCAAAAAGGUUGUCACGUUGUACACUGAGGAUAUUCCUCUCAGAAGUACUUUUUGA